AUGAAACCACCGGCGGUCGACGACCCAACUCUCCAUUUGCCUCGAAUCCUGUGCCUUCAUGGAGGUGGUACCAACGCCCGAAUAUUUCGAGCUCAAUGUCGAAAGCUCAUUCCCCAGCUAGAAUCUGACUACCGCUUGGUCUUUGCCCAAGCCCCGUUUCCCAGCCAAGCAGGGUCGGAUGUCCUUUCUGUCUACAGUGAAUGGGGGCCUUUUCGACGCUGGCUCCGCUGGCGACCCGACCAUCCGUUGAUCGAGCCCGAAGUCAUCAUGAGAGAGAUUGACAGUGCUUUAGAGGAUUGCAUGCACCAAGAUGACAAGUGCGGAGCCACAGGAGAAUGGAUUGCGCUUCUUGGCUUCAGCCAAGGCGCCAAAGUUUCUGCGAGCCUCCUGUACAGACAACAAGUCCGUGAAGGAGUUCUGGGCAGACAAAUGGCAGGAGUGCGCUUCCGAUUUGGCAUUCUCAUCGCCGGGCGGGCACCUCUCAUCGCCCUCGACCCUGACAGAACAUUGUGCCCUUCCCUGCCUGACGCGACGCAAAUAACGGACCUUAUUGAAGAUGCCGAGGCGCAGGCGUACCAUAAUGAUGGUCAUAUCCUGCGAAUACCCACUUUGCACGUUCAUGGGCGCCUUGAUAAGGGAUUGCACCAACACAGGAGGCUCUUCGAAGAGUUCUGCCACCCUGCUAGCAGACGCUUGGUUGAAUGGGAUGGCGACCAUCGCUUGCCACUGAAAUUCAACGAUGUAUCGCUUGUAGUCAGCCAAAUUCGUGAGAUAGCGAAGCAAGACAUUUUCAACUUAAACACAAUAUAA